ACUGUACGAACUUUACUCCAUUCCACUUUCGCGAAUCUUCUGCUUUUUUGUCUUCUUGGGCCAAACUCUUUUGCUUCUAUCAUGCCAACCUACAAAUUGCACGCCCCCGAAGCAUCGUUCCGUGCUUUCAGCACGCUCAUUGCCGCCGAAUACAACGGGGUCAAGAUCGAUGUCUCCACGGACCUCGGUGCCGCUUCCAAGUCCCCGGUCGGCAAGUUGCCCUUGCUUGAGCUUCCUGAUGGUUCCACUAUUUUUAGCAGCCAUUCGAUGGCCCGCUUUGUCGCGGGAAUCCGACGUGAUAGCGGAUUGACCGGGAACACUUUGAACGAACAAGCUGCGAUCGAUGCAUGGAUGGACUGGGCGGGCCAAGAUUUGGAAUUGCCUGCUUGUGUUUGGUUCUACCCAGUAGCGGGCUACAUGCCGUUCAAUCAGUCUGCUUACGAAAAGGCCAAGGCUGAUCUGGGCAAUGCGCUUGCUGUGCUUGACCAGCACUUGUUGGAUAAGACUUAUUUGGUGAAUCAUCAAAUAACCCUUGCCGAUAUUGUUGUCGCGUCGACCCUGCUUUAUCCAUUCAAGCUCGUUGCUGAUAAAGGCUACCUUAAGCCUUACGGAAACGUUGUUCGCUGGUUCCAAACCUGUGUCAAUCAGCCCGAGUUCCAGCAGGUUGUUGGGCAAGUUGCUAUGUGCAAAAAGGAGUUGGCCGCUGCCGGGCAAGAAACGAAGAAGACCAGUGGUGGCAGUAGCAAGAAAUCCGAAAAGAAGCCGAAGGAAGAUGUUGCUGCGUUGGCACCGGCGCCGGCGCCAAAGACCGAACAUCCCUAUAAGAUCAUGGAUAAGGAAGCUCCUUCGGGUUUCUCUAUGGAUGCCUGGAAGAAGACUUAUUCCAACGCCAGCAGCUACGACGCGGCCAUGCAAACCUUCUGGGAGACGUUUGAUGCCGAAGGCUGGGCGCUCUGGUUGCAGGUGUACAACUACAACGAAGACAACAAGCGGAUUUUCAUGAGCGCGAACGCCGUUGGUGGCUUCCAGCAGCGAACCGAUGAGAUCCGUAAGUGGGCAUUCGGCGUUAUGGAUGUUCUUGGUACUGAGGAAACUGUUUUGGAGAUUAAGGGUAUUUGGCUGUUGCGAGGCGACACGGUCGAACACAUGGUUUCUGCGAAUGACGACGCCAACUGGUACACCUGGACGAAGCUCGCUGGAAAAGGAUUGCCGCCCACUGACGAAGUCAAAACCCAGGUUGCUGCCUACUGGUGCUCCGAAGAUGAGCUCGAGGGCAAGCCUAUCCAGGACAGCAAGGUUUUUAAGUAGGAAUUUCCAUAUAUAUGACCCUAAUUGUCACUAGUGAGUUGGACUUAUCGAC